ACAAAUUGGAUAGGUACUUGAAAUACUAGACAAGUACAUGUAUAAUUAAAGUUAAUCCAGGAUUCUAAAUUAACGUGUUAAGAUGGCAGUCGAUAUCAACACUUUUGCUUCGAUGCAAAAGAAGGAUUACAUUUGGCCAUAUCCGAAACCUUUGAUGCUGAAGCCAUCUCAACCACCGGUUAAAACAAAGCCUUUGAACUACUUUGUAGCUACUCUAGUUGAACCAUAUUGCCAUUGCGAUGCGCAUCUGUACGAUCCACAAUUGAAACGCUAUGAAAAACUCGCUGAAAAGGAAAAGCAACUCCACCAAGAAUUGAUUAAGCUCAAUGAACAGAUCGCAACAUUAUCUAACGAAAUAUUAGAUCAUCCAUGCGACACCGAUGACGAUAAAUUGAAAACGACGUAUCAAAUAGAUUACACGAAGCGAGGUUUGAAUAUCACGAGAUACAGGAAGCUGAUGCCUGCAAUUGAAUCUCCAGUCGGUGUACCUGUGAAGGGUACAGGUGGAUUAGCGAACGCGUACAGAGAUCCGACAAGCUUCAGAUAUUCAGUGUUUAACAGACCUGUAAUAGAUCCUUGUCCUCCAGUUUCCUAUGCCAUUGCGCCAGAAAAUUUCGAUACGUACUUCAAGGCAUUGACGGGAAGAACCGAAUACCAGGAUACUAUAAGCAAAAUUGGAUUAAGUGUUAUUAAAAGUAGACAGCAGUAUUCUCAACCGUUGCCUUCGUCUAGGAGAAGGUUUGGGGAUACCGCAUUGUAG